GCCGCCGCCCCGAGCGCUCCCUCACGGCCCGGCCCGGCCCGGCCCGGCCCCGCCCGGCUCCCACUGCCGCGGCUGCCACCGCGCCUCUCCCCGGCGGCGCACCAUGCCGGCCGACCUGAUGGAGAAGAGCAGCGCCUCGCCGGUGGCCGCCACCCCCGCCAGCGUCAAUGCGACGCCCGACAAGCCGAAGACGGCGGCGGAGCAUCGCAAGUCCUCAAAGCCCAUCAUGGAGAAGCGGCGGCGAGCGCGCAUCAACGAGAGCCUAGGGCAGCUGAAGACGCUCAUCCUGGACGCACUGAAGAAGGAUAGCUCCCGGCAUUCCAAGCUGGAGAAAGCCGACAUUCUGGAGAUGACUGUCAAGCACCUGCGGAGCCUCCAGCGAGCCCAGAUGACUGCUGCCCUGAGCACAGACCCCACAGUCCUGGGCAAGUACCGAGCCGGCUUCAGCGAAUGCAUGAACGAGGUGACGCGGUUCCUCUCCACCUGCGAGGGCGUCAACACUGAGGUGCGCACCCGGCUUCUGGGCCACCUGGCCAGCUGCAUGACCCAGAUCAACACCAUGAACUACCCUGCGCCCCCCCCGCCGCCCCCGUUGCCACCGGCCGCAGCCUUCGGGCCACCCCUGGUUCCUCCAGGCGGGGGCGUGGGGCCGCUCCCGGGCAUGCCCUGCAAGCCAGGUGCCGAUGCAGCCAAGGUGUAUGGUGGCUUCCAGCUGCUACCGGCCUCUGAUGGGCAGUUUGCCUUCCUCAUCCCCAGCACUGCCUUUGCUCCUGGUGGAGCUGUGCUGCCUCUGUAUGGCGGCCCACCCACAGCUGCCACUGCUGCCUCGCCACCAGGCCCGCCACCUGGCACGGCCGACUCGGUCUGGAGACCCUGGUGAGGGUGGUGGGCACCGGACUGGACUUGGCAAUGCACCCCGUGCUGCUGGCACGGCUGUACAUAGAUUAUAUGUUCAUAUUGGAUUGUGCCUUUGUACCAUAGCACUCCCUUGACAGUGUUUCGUGUUUUACACGAGAUCUUUUUUCUUCCUUUCCUCCCUUUCCUUAUGUGACACCAAAGAUUGGGGGUUUGUUUUUUGGUUGGGUUUUUUUUUUUGGUUUUUUUUUGGUUUUUUUUUGAAUGCUCUUAAAAUAAAAGUUUCCCUUCCAUUUUGGAAGGCCUUUGGAGAAAAUUUGAGCUCUGGCAUGUGUGCAUAGGAGGGACCCCAGUUCCUGGCUGCCUGUGGAUCUUGCUGCUCCAGGGCUGCCUUGUCCUGUUUGCCAGGCUGGAGCUGUCACUCAGACCCUUUGUCCCCUCUGUCUUGUGAAAUCACCUGGCCCCUCUCCCUGCCCUGGGGCAGAUGUAAUUACUGCUUCUUUGGGAGCAGCUCAAUUAAUCAGACUUGUUAAAAGGAGCUUGUAUUUGCAGAGCUGGUGAAUGUGCUGUGGGACUCACCUCUGCUCUGUUCUGGCACCUCGGGCUGAUGGAGUUGGUGUGGUAAAGCAAGACAUGGAGCUGCC